CUAACAUAACCUCAAAAACCUUUAUUUACCGUAUUUUCAAAUGCAAUAAAAAUAUACACAAAGUUGUCCUGAAUAAGACAUCCUUGUUUAACUUAGCAUUUAAAAAUUACCUCACAAAAGCCAACAUUAAAUUCCCUAGAAAAUGGAUAUAGAAGCCACUAACAGCCCUGAUAUGCCUGUUAAAAAAGAGGUGGUCCCUUGCGGUACCACCGUACACCAAGAAAAACCAUUUGUCUACACACUGACUUCUAAGUUUCGUACCGAGUUGUGUGAUUUUUGUUUUAAAAAGAAAGCUCAAGCUUUAUCCAAAUGUUCUGGAUGUAAAUAUGUUUAUUAUUGUGACAGAGGGUGUCAGAAACAGGGCUGGGCUGUCCAUAAAUCUGAAUGUAAAUACUUGAAGUUGAUAGUGCCUAGGGUGUUGCCUGAUGCUGCCAGAAUGUUGUUUAGGCUUAUUAAAAGGCUUGAAAAUGGUGGGGGCAGUUAUAAGGGCUAUUAUGGGGAAAAAAACUAUCGGAUGUGGAGAGAUCUCAUGUCUCAUUAUGCCGAAUUAAAAGAUGAUAAGAGGCGAAUGGAGCAUAUGGAGUCACUUUAUGAAGUUCUAACUGAGUUUUUUCAAGGGGAGUUGCUUCCAAACAUUGUCGAAUUCAUGGGGCUAUAUGGCAGGAUGUGUGUGAACAGCUUUAGCAUAUGCAACCAAGAGUUGCAAACCUUAGGUUCGGGAAUUUAUAUUGGGGCCUCAAUAAUCGAUCAUUCGUGCCGGCCGAAUGCAGUGGCAACUUUCGAGGGUACCACUUUAAUUAUUAGAACACUCGAGGAACUGCCUUAUUUAGACUGGUCAAAGAUUAAAAUAAGUUACAUAGAUUUGAUGGCUUCGACUAAAGAGAGGCAAAAGGAGCUGCUGGACAGCUACUAUUUCCUAUGUGACUGUCCAAAAUGCUCGGAGGUUGAGAAUAGGGCUGAGAUGUUCGGGGCAAUGUGUCCCAACUGUGAGGCCGGUGUACUUAUUGAAGAAAAACAAUGUUCAAAAUGCCUUAAAAAGCUUUCCAAAGAGUUCAUAAAUGAAUUUGAAAGUGUGUUGGAGUUCACUGAGAUGCAUCUGGCCAGUAUGAAAGACACUGCAUAUGUAGAUGUAUGCAAAGUAUGCCUGAAAAAGCAUCAUAAACUUCUAUAUAAACACCAUCUGAGGCAUGUAAAAAUACUGGAUACAGCAUUUGAAAGUGCUAUAGAUUUGUCAAACUUCGAUCAAGCUUUAGAGUAUGGGUUGCAGCUUAUAGAAAAUUAUCACAAAUACUAUCCCACGAUACACCCCUUGACAGGCCUUUUACACCUAAAGCUGUGCAAAUUGUUACUGUACAAGAACCAAGUAAAAGAAGGGAUAAAUCAUUUGAAAAGAGCUGCCAAUAUCCUGAAAAUUACUCAUGGUUUGGGCAGUUCUCUGUAUCGGAAUGAAUUAGUACCAUUAAUACAAGAAUGCAGGAGUAUGUUGGGGGUGAAAUGAUUUUUUUGUAUGUAGUCAGAUUUAAUAAAUAAAUAAAUAAAUAAUAAA